CCAAUUAUUCGCUGUAGUCGCUACUGUUGUCAAAUGGCGCUCAACGAUCACUUUGACGCGCUCGUGCUCAGCCUGGGUCUGCUGCUCAGCGCCCUUGUCGGCCUGGUGUCUGCGCUCGUGGGCAUCGUUCUGUCGUCGUUUGCUCCGCGGACCACCUUGAUCAACUUUUCGUCCAUCCUCAUCACUGGCGCCUCGGCCGGCAUUGGCAAAGCGCUCGCUGUGGCAUACGCUCAAGACGGACGCACGCUCUUCCUCACCGGUCGCAACCGCGAACGCCUGAUCGAGACCCAGCGCGAAUGCGAGGCGAAAGGCGCCCAAGUCGAAAUCACAACCAUCGACGUCUCCGACGAGCAGGCAUUCUCCAAGUGGGUCGAGGAGGCUGACAAGCGCAAACCCAUUGAUUUGCUGAUUGCCAACGCAGGCACCUCUGGUUCCAUUCUGGGCACGUCCCGCACAGCUGACCUCAAAAUUCGCGAAAUGUUUGCCAUCAACGUGGACGGCGUUCUCAAUACGCUUCUCCCGGUCUUCACCAACAUGCGCGAUCGCCGCCGUGGACACAUUGUGGUUGUAUCGUCGCUGUCCGGCUUGUUCGACGUUCCAACCUCCGUGGGCUACAGCGCCACCAAAGCUGCAGUCUUCCAGUUCACAACCUUCCUCCGCGAAGUCAUGCGCCCCCACAACGUCCGCGUCAGCGUGGUUUGCCCUGGGUAUGUCGAUUCCAACAUGACACGUGCCCGUCGUAGCUUGGGCUCCAAGAUGCCGUUCUUCAUGUCGACCGACGCCGCCAUCAAGAUUAUCACCCAGGGGAUUGACGAAAAUCGCGGCGUGAUUGCCUUCCCGCUGCCAAUGUAUCUGAUUGCAUGGUUCUUCCGUUCGCUCCCGCCGUCCGUCAGUGACUUUAUCUUCAAGUUGAUCAACCCCACCAAGAAGCUUGAGUCGUGGAAUUCCUUGUCCUAAGCGAUUGGACUCUUGCAGCGACUGGGGCGGUUUUGGCUCCAGAGUUUCGUUUCCUUGUUUGGCUGUCUGUUUUGGGUCAAUUACUGAAGAUACAUUGAAAAUUUACAACUUUGAUUCCUCAAUCAAAGCAGUGCUGAGGGCUUCCAAAAGAAUCAGAAAAGUGCC